UCUGCUCACCAAUCUGAAUGCGACCUUUAAAGGAAAAGAGACCUUUUAAAAGCUUACAGAUUAUGUUUAAGGCCAGAGAUGGAGCAGGGGAGCUCCAAUUGAGAAGGAAACCUUGGAGAGGCCUGACCCAAGGUGUGAGGAUCCUGAAGAGAAGGGACAUCUGAGGACUAAGGCACACCCCCAAGCCCCGACGGCCAGCUCCUCUGAACCACACAUGCUGGGAAUCUAUGUGCUUCUUAUACACAUGGAGGAACUAUGGACUGUAGCCUGGCCAUCUAGCCCUGGAUCCCAGAAAACAGGUCAUGAUUGGGGUGUACCCCUCACAGCUUCCCUGCUGGGAACUAAAUCCUCAAAGUCCUGUGUCUGGAGGUCAGCCACAUUCCUGAUGGAGGUCAGCGUGAGGGCUGCUCUAGGACUCUCGCUCACAGGCCUGUCUGGCCUCAGCCUGGUGUCCCCUGCCUGGUUCCAGAGCCCUUCCUUCUCCUAUGGUGUCUUCAUGCACUGCUCCUGGUCACAGGAUAACCGCUGGAACCAGAGCUGUAUGACCUUCGGGUCCCUGAAGGACAUGCCAGGCUUGGCCUGGAAGGUCUCUGCGGCAAUGCUCCUGGGAGGCUGGGUCCUGCUGGCCAUUAGUGCUCUUCUUCUUUUGGCCUGGGCGCUGGCCUCAAGAAGAUUAUAUCCCAGGAGGGGCUCUGGUCCAACACCUGUGGUGCAGGCAGCAGCAGCAGCCUCCACUCUUGUAGGUCUGCUUGUUUUUCCAGUCACUCUGGCUUCCCCAUUAGCCAAAGAAGUCUGUGAAGGCUCCUCCGUGUACUACAGUGGGACAUGCCAGCUGAGCUGGGGCUAUACCACUGCCAUCCUCAAUGCGAUCCUGACCAGCCUGCUUGUUGUCAUCGGAUGGCCUCGGAUGACCACAAGCCAGAGGACAGCCAUCCCCACCCCUCGUGACACUCAAGGAAUCACUCUUGAGUCAGAAUAAGCAAAUGAGCAUCACCCAGGAAAGCAAAGGACAAACAAAAAUAAUCUAUUCUACUGUUGUGGGAAUUCCUUAGCCAACAGCCUUUUGGGUACUGGCCCAUUAGGGCGUGGCCUGAGGUACUACGUGUGGACUGAUAAACCCAGACAGGAAGCAUGCUCGCCCUUUUGGCUGGCAGUCUAAGUUUCUGUAUGCAGCCCCUAGCACCAACAGAGCAGAGGGCAGUUGCAACUUUUUUAUUGUGAGUGCUUCUCCAAAUAAACAGUUG